AGGAAUCUUUUCCUUUUUUCAAAAAUAUUACUUUAUUUAUAUUAUUAUUAUAUAUCACACAUUCACAUCACUCACUCCACCCACCCACGCACCUCACUCACUCAAUAUUUAUCUCUCUAUUAGGUUACCACUUACCACAAACCAAAAGAAAGAAAAAGAAAAGAGAGCAGCCAGAGGAGGAGCGGCAGCGGCUGGACGCUGGAGUGGGAAGAAACUGGUCCCCAAGAGAAGAGAGUUCCUUAGGAAGUUCAAAAUCUGUUGACGACAUUGCAAUGAGAAAGAUUGCACACCAUGUUUGUGGACUUUCUACUAGCUCAAAUUUGAGCUCUAGUAUUAUGCAUAACAAGGGUGUCUCUGCUCCAUAUGCUUUGAUGAGUUUCCUUUCUUCCAUACAUUCUGGAAGUACAAAAGAAAUCGAGAACAGAGAUAAUCCCAUGAACUUUGUAAGGGGUAUUAUAGAACAAGAUGAAAGAAACCCAAGUGGUUUUAUGCCGCAAAAUGAUAGAAACCCAAGGGGUUUUAUGCCGCAAAAUGAAAGGAGCUCCUUCCCAAGGAGUUCCUUCCCAAGGAGUUUCAUACCACAAGACGAUAGAAACCAAAGGGGUUUUACACAACGAGAUGAAAGAAACCCCAUGAACUUUGUAAGGGGUAUUUUACAACAAGAUGAAAGAAAUUUGUUCGGGGGUUCUCGCUUUCCUCGAUACAAUCUUGAGCAUGAUGCUGAUUUUGUCCACAUAAAGUUGAUGCGCAACAAUACAUUUGUUACAGUUACAGAUUCAAAGGGAAACAAAAAGAUGGGAGCUUCAGCUGGAUCUUUGCCCGAAAUGAAAGGAGGAGCAAAGCAGUCUCGGUAUGCUGCUGAAGCAACUGCAGAGCACGUAGGAAGAAUGUCGAAAAAUAUGGGAUUAAAAUCAGUUGUGAUGAAGGUGAAAGGGUUUACUUUCUUUAAAAAGAAAAAGCAAGCAAUUAUAAGCUGGAGAGAAGGGUUUACUAAUUCAAGAGGGGAUCAGAAUCCAAUAGUAUACCUUGAGGAUACAACUCGGCGUCCCCAUAAUGGCUGCCGGCUCCCCAAAAAGCGGCGUACUUAGUACUAACAAAGCUGGUUGGUUAUUGAACUUUAUUUCACUUGGGAAUCACAGUCCUUUUCUCAUAUCAUUUUAUAUUUUUGUAAGAGUUCAAACCAAAAAACACAAAAUAAAAAUAGAUGCAAAGGGUAAUGGCCUUUUAAGAAUACCUUCUGCUUUGGACUACUAGUUCGGUUGUGAUCUUUAUUUAGUUCUUUCUUAAUACCUUUUUGUUUUCAUUGAUACUGAUUUGUUGUGGCUGAAAUUUGUGGAACUUUCUUUGGGUUACAAUCAAUGAUUUUGAAUGUUAUACAAAAAUAAUGAAUAGUUGUCUUUCUCUA